CACGCGCAGUACAGUCGUAUUUUUCUUUCGGCGCAGAAAAUAUUAAUUCCAUAAAAUAUUUUUGUAAAACUAAUUGAGACCGCCAUUUACACAAAAAAUAUUAUAUACUAAAAAGUGAAAAAAACGAGUAUCACUAUAUGUAUUUACGUAUAUAUAUAUAUAUACAAAGUAUUUUUUUUGUUAUUGGUUACUACGUUUUUAAGCAACGGUGUGGUGUAAAUUAGUUUAUUUCAAUCUCUAACAAAAUCUGGAUCAAAUACUAUAGACAAAAACGCUUUAAAAUAAAAGUAUAAAUUAAAAUUUAUAUUAAAAAUAAAGGUUAAAUUUUUGUCUACUACUAAACCAAAAGGUUGUUUAUAAAAUUGAAAGAAUAACGAGGAAAAAGGAUGGAUAUUUGAUUUUAAAUGCAGCAGUGUUCUACAAUAUGGCGCCAGCUCUUACUGAGCCAUUAAGUCCAACCGAAAAUUUAAAUAGUUCACCGGUAACGGCAACAACUACUCCAACAACAAGGUCUAGUAGAAAGAUUGAGUCUAAAAGUGUCAGCAAUAACACCAAUAUUACUACCACGAACUCUACCCCCUCAAAUAACGUUGUCCCAAAGUCGGCCCCAACAAUACGGGAAAAACGAAAUCGUAGCGGAACAGUAACAGUAAAUCAAACACCAACAUCCUCAAAGCGUAUAACGCGUUCAAGAGAUAAUCAACAGCGCAGUCAUCAGGUCACACCAUCUCCAUCCCUAAACGGAGAUAAUACAUCUGAAACGCAACAGAUCACAGCAACGAGAAGAAUUUCAAAGGUGGCAGUUGACACUACUGUCAUCAAUUCCACCAAUAACAACAACAGCUCGAGUACAAAGAAUGAGCAAAUGGGCUUAAGCACAGCCCCGUUAAAUAAUAAAACUAAGAUUCUCAACAUCAAUAACAACAAUACUAACCAAAAUUUGGAUACGAUUGACGAUAAUACAAAAGAUACGUCUACCGCACAGUUGUUGGCUGAUUUGACUAACGAAGCCAUAACAGCCGAAAUUUGUUUGCGCAAUCAACUAAAAGACGUCAAUUUAGUGAAAACCUCUGGUGAUCCCUCAUCGCCCAUUAUACAACAGGACACAUUUGUCGAUAACGAUACCGAUAUUGUCGUUUUAAAAGUCGCUUCUCCUACAAUAGCUGCUGCUGCGCCCGUAAUAAAUAAAACAACUACUGCGCACAUGGAGACGCAGUUUACUGAAUCAUCAAAGUCGUCAAAAGUUCAAGAAACUGCAACAAGUGAAGUAACAGAAACCAUUGCAACAACAACAACGGUAGACGAAUUAGUUACCUGUACGAAGGAUAACGAUAAUAUCGAACAAGCAGAAAUAGUAGAUAAAGAAGCAAAGGAAAUAGCGGAUAAAAGUCAGUAUGAUGAUGAAAAUGUGCACAAAAAAGAAAAAUCUCUUGAAGCAGUUGCAAAUGAAAAUUAUAUGGACGAGACUACAGCCGUACAUGAUACACCAGUCGGCUCACCAAACUCAUCAGAUGAUGCAGCGGAAACAAAGAAAACUGUCUCAAAACUGGAGAUUUUGUCAGUACAAGAAUUACCACCAGUUAGUACCGAUUCAACGAUGACUGCCUCGGAAGCUGAAGAUAAUUUAGAAGAACGUUUAAGUCAAUUGGAUGGCACAGCAAUUGAUUCCCCACCCCCUAAUAAUCAUGAUAUAGAUUCGAAUGAAAAGACCACACACAAUUCUGUGGCUGCUGCCACCCCACCACGUACUCCUACUCAUCAGCAGACAUUAUCAGACGAUUUACAUGAGCUACAACAACAAUUACAGCAUUCGCCAACCACUCCGGUAGCUCAGCAAGUGCAGUCCCAUCCACAUAUGUCACUUCAGCUACAACAGCAGCAGCAAACAAAUUGCUUUACUACAACUACCCCACAAAGUACAACAUCAUCGAUAAAUUCACUGGGCACGGUUGGCAAUAUGCCGCAUGCGGAUGGAGUAGGUGUUGGUGGUACAGCUGAACUGGAAGACCAAGAUAUCGAAGAAGUCUUUAAGGUGCUAAAAGGUUUCGAAGGCGGUACAACUUCGGAUCUCAAUGUCUGUGACCUGAAUGUUCUAUUCAAUGAAGUAUAUAUGAAAAUAAAUGAAACUGAGUUGGGUGGCAAUACAGGAAGCGGCGCAGGAAGUAUAUCUUCCAAUACUCAAAGUCAUAUCGCUGUUACCAGUCCCUCCAUACAAUUGGUCAAACCAAAGGAAAUGGAAGAGGGAGAAAUAGAAAUCGAAAAACGCCAGCAACAAAUGCACCGGAAAAUAGAUUUUCUUAUGCGGCGUUUGAGAAAACUUCAAGCUCGUUAUAUGUGCAAACAUACCAGCGAAGAAAUAGCUGGAUUAUUUGAGUGGAGUGCCCGACAGGCCAGUAAAGGUGUCACAAACACAGCACCUUUACAGCAUAAUGAAACCAUUGGUGCUCCUCCUGAUCCAAGUAAGUGUUUUCUAAAAGUUAUAGCAGCACGACCGCCAGCCUCAGAUUGGAAAGAUGUUCAGGAAUCUUUGGUACCCGCCAACCAGAUAUCAACGCUGUUGCGUAAAAUUGAGUCUGUGGCCAAUGCACAGCAAUUGUGCACUACCCCCUCAGCCAGUUUAGUCAAUAUUACCCACAAGAAAACUAAAAAAGCCCUGCUGGAAGCUCAAGCUGCUGCGACGGCAGCAUCAAACUCCUCCGCAAUGAAUUCUACGACUUUCGGGGAGGGCAAAGCUGAAGAAGUGGUGGUGGCUACACUGGAAGAGAAUAUAACCGAUGAAUUGUCACAGGUGGCCGGUCUAUUACAAAUUGAAAUGUCUGAGGUACAAAAAGCCAUUGAUUCAGAUGCAACUGAAUCGAGUUCUGGCGGAGAAUCAGCUGACGAAAUGGUUACCUACAACAAUACCCAACAACAAACGCUGCCUAUAACAAAACGUGCCGCUUGGCGUUAUUCACGUGAUCGUGCGGCCAUUGCAUCACGCUGGUCGUGGCUGCUUUCUCAAAUAUCCGAUUUAGAAAUUAAAAUACGCCAACACAGUGAACUGCACCAGGAAAUUGUAAGAUCUAAAGGAAUGGUUACGUGUGGCGGUCAAAUAGAUACAAAUACAGCAGCGGAACAAGAUAGUGAAGAGCAAAUGGGAUCAUGUCGAACACGUGGCUACGUACCUUCGUUAUUUCGUAAAAGAAAACUUAUACAGACAACCAAUAUCCAUACAAUAUCGAAAAAGGCAGCGAGGCCAAGCACCAUUAAAUGUGGUUGUCAGUGGCCUUUACAUCCUUGUGCUUUGUGUACUGGCCGCUUAGAUCCUACUGCUCCUCGAGAUCUACCCGACACCAUGAUGAUGUCCGAUCGUAUAGCGUUAUUAGAUUCUGGUUAUCAUCCAGUUUUAAGUUUCAGAGAAAAUGUAAAUAAUGCCUUGCAUUUUGAGGCUAUUGCAAAACAGCCCGAAUGGCAGCAACGUGUUAUGCGUUGUCAGGCUAAGAACAUUGCAAAAAAUGUUUGGAGGGCCGAACGUGAAGCAGUUGCUGCUGCUGCCGGCGGGCAUCAUUCAACGUCUUCAUCGAAAAAGUAUGGCGAUGCUCCUCCAGCAAAACGACGUUACAUUAAAAAGAAGGAUAGACUUAAUAAUGAUGAAAAAUAUACCGGAGGAAAAAGUUCCCACUCAACAACGGGGACACACCAUCAAAAACAUGCAGUCACACCAUCAUCAUCGUCGGUAACAACGGCUGCUACGACUCAGAUGAUGGGCACAUCUAUAUCAACAUCGACAUCAUUAAAUGAUGUAGGAAAUGGUACAGCAACUUUGUCUACUACUACUACGUCCACAACGCCACUUGUGGCCAACAAGGGAACGGCCAAGAGUGCGAAGAAACAGCACUGCCUGGUAGUGAGGGAGGAGAUUUUAAAGGAACCUAUGAACUCUCUACUACCGCCAGCAUACUUAAGCAAAACGAGCUUAAUAGCAACAACAACAUCUUUACCAACAACGACGACAACAACACCCAACAACAAAUUCAUACAUCAAACGAGCGAUUGUCUCCCAACAAACUACGAUCAAUUCAAUCCCAACCAAACACCUUCAUCAUUGAUCUCCAACAACCACAGCAAAAGUAAUAAGCAUCGUAAACUUUCAUCAUCAACAACAGUAAAUUCUCACCAUUAUAAUCAUCUCAAUACCAGUAGUAGUAAUCUAUAUAAUGGGGAUGCAAGCUAUAUGUUUAAUCAUGAAAAUUGGGGAGGAGCAGCAGAAAAUUUUAACGUUCGCAGUCGUCCAGCAUCACCAACACACGGCAGCAGCGGCAAUAAUUACCACAAGUAUGAAAGAUCUCUUGAUCGUAAAAAUCGUACAUCAUACGAUAUUGACAAUAUUGUGAUACCCUACAGUGUUGCUGCUGCUACACGUGUUGAGAUUUUACCCUACAAAGAAAUCCCAACUCCAAAGUGGCGUUUAAUUGAUCAUGAAAAUGAAGUAAUUAACAAAUUAAAAUGCUCUGAAAAUCAAGAAUCAGAUAUGGAAACAUUAUUAGACUGUGCACCUCUAACAAACGGUUAUGUUUGUGAUGAUAGCAAACUAUUAGAUUCAAUAAAAACCGAGCCAAUAGAUAACGAGAACAAACAUAAUGAAUCAUCUAUUGCUGUCAAGCUAGAAGGUGGUGAAGAAGAAAGUAACAAUUUCAAAAAAUGUGAUUUAAAGUCUGAAAUAUCGAAUGCAGAUGAUGUUAAUUUGAAAACUUCAAAGGAGAAUACAAAAGCAAAUAACUCCUUUGCGGCUACCGCUACCUCCUCAAAUAACAAUAACCAGGUUGAAGUUAUUGAAGAAAAAGACAAAAAGCCUGAAACCAACAGCAGCAAUGAUUAUGUUCAAAAUGAUGUUGAUGAUGUUGAUGAAAACUCAAAAGAACCAGAAUUGAAAAAACUUAAAGUUGAACCAAGUGUGAUAGAUAAAAUUAACAAAGAUAGGAACACGGAAGAAGUUGAUGAGGAUAAGGGAACAAAAACUGAAAAGGAGGAUGACGAUGAAGAGAAGAUAGCACUACAAAACAGUUCAAAAGUUAGCAUUGAGGAGGACGAAGACAUCUGUGACGAUGCCAUGUUCUUAAGACAUGAAAGAGCUUUAACCGAGGAACGACGUAAAUUUCAAACAUACCUAAAAUUUCCCUGGAGUACACGUUCACGAGCAAAUCGACGUAUUGACAGUCGUGCUGAAUCGAGUGGUGCAAAUACACCAGAUCCCAGCUCACCAGCUCCCCAAACUCCCAGUGUGGGUGGGGGUGAUCUGGAGAGUAUACCAUCACCUCUGAAUCCAGCUACGCCCAUGAAUCCUUUAGAUACAAUUUCCGAAGCAGGAGAUAACUCAACAUCAUUUUUGGGUGUUGGCCCUUUGCCUAGCCUUAGUAGUAAACGUUAUGAACGGAGACGCACAACUUCAACAAAACGCGAUCGAGAAUUAGAAAGGCGAAGUUCAACUCCUGACUCUAAAGAGCUUGUACCCCCCUUCGAACCACUAACAUUCCCCCUGACUGACGAACAAUUUGAGGAAUUAAUGCGCGCUAUGCCCAGUGAUCACGGCGAAGACAGCAAACGAUUUGAUGAUUGUUAUCUUCCUGGUGGUGGUGGCGGUAGUAGUAGCAGCUUGUUCGGUUUAGGAGGAAUACUGUCCAAUAAAUAUCCGCGUACUAUAAGUGGCAGCACUUCAAAACGUACCUCAAGGUCCUCAACAUUGUGUGGUGAUGCAAUAACAACUGCAAGUGGUAGUCGACGUAUAAAAAGUUCCAAUUCCAAAAAUCAAAGACCAAUCUCAGCGGACGACAGCAAUGUAACGUUGUCGCACGAAAAUGGCGAUAUGCUGUUGUAUGAUGAAGAGUAUGAAGAUGAUUAUCCGAAACAUCAUUUGGCGCCAAACGAUGAUCACCUGACGGCCGAUAGUGUCGUCGUGGGGCAUGUCACUGCUAGUGGUGCUUUGUAUGAUGACGAUAUUUACGGUGAUCAGUACGGUGCCUAUGUUGGCAGACAGCAACGUAAACAUCGGGACAGUGAAGGAGAAACAUCCGAAGAGGAGCCAUUUCAAGAUGAUGAUCCCAAUGAUCCCGAAUGGCGAGGAGAAACCGAAGAACGUUUGCGUAAGAAAGUAUAAAAAGAAACGAUUCGAAACGUUUUUAUUAUAGUUCACUUUUUUUUAAUAUCACAAUAUAUUCUAAGUCUUAUGUGUUUGUAAGGUUUGAUUUUCUAUUUUUGUGAGAAACAAAGAUCCUUUAUUUAUACUUUAAAAACAACAACUAUUUCAUAUAUAAUAUAUAUGUAUGUAUGUAGCAAGCAGUUAUAUUUAAACUUUGUUAUGUUUAUUAAAUUACAAAUUUAAUUUUUAAAAUAAUGUUGAAAAAAAAAUCUAAACUAAAUACAUAUUUUACAACAAUAGCACUUCUUCAAACCCAACAACAAACAAUAUUACAUGAAGUAAAUAAAGCAAAUCAAAACCACUUUAUAAAUAACUGAAAAUAUAAAAUAAAUUAUUUUAAAACUGGAUUUAUUUAUAUUUUUAUUAAUCAAUUAUACUUUUUAAUAAUAACAUGUAAUACAUAUUAAUAGCAUUUGUGUUAAACAAAUACCAUAAUGAUUGAAUUACAAACAUGUGUAAAAAAUGUAAUAUUAAGAUUUUUCUGCUGUAAAAAAUGUUGGAAAGCCUCAACUUAAAACAAAUAGUCAUUUCAUCAGGCUUUUCAAUUACGUACGUAUAAUAAUAUUAAAAAAAAAGAAACAAACAAAUGUAAAUAUUUUUUAUUAAGUAGUAGUGUAAACAAUUGAUUAAAAAUUUAAUUAAUACUUUUUAAUUUUAAAUGCCACCACAUAAACCAUUGAAUUUUUUCUUUGUUUUAUUAAUAAUUUAGAGUAAACUUAAAACUGUAAGUUUUAAAAUAACAUACACACAAUACAUUUAACAAAUUAAACUUUAACGCAUUUCAGCCUAUAUGCGUUUUAAAUAUUGCUGGCUUUAAGUGAAGAAAUUUAUAAUGUUGAAAUAACAAAACGUCGUUACAAAAAACAAAUAAUUAUUUCAAAAGCUCAAUUUAUAAUUGAAUAAAAUUACGUACGCUAAGUUUAGUUCACUGUUUUCCCCUUCUAUCUUCCUCUCUCUAUCACUUUUGUUCUCCUGGUUUAAUAUUUAAUGUUGUAAAUUAAUUAAUAUGGUUUAUAUUUUUCACUAUAAUUUAUAAUAUACAUACAAUGUUUUUAAUUUUCAUUAUUAAUUAUUGAUUUCCCAUUAUUCUCUAUAAUUCUCUAUGUAGCUAUAUAGUUGUAACAUUUAAAUGUUAACACAAGAAAUUAAAACAAAAAUAACCCCAAAAACACACUUUUAUUAAUCUAUAGUGAUUUGUAUUGUUUAAUAUUUAAUUACAGAAUUUUGAUUAAUUACAAAAAGAAUGCAAUUUAUAAUUGCGUUAUAAAUUAAAUUAAAAAUGAGAAAAUAAAAAAAUAUGUAUAGAUAUAUAUUAAUAAUAAAAAAGUAAUAUGUAAUAAAAAAUAUAUGCAUAAAAAAUAAUUAUAAUAA